AGGAAAGAAUUAAUCUUAGGGAAGACAAGCAAUGGAUUAAGGCAAAAGCAUCAACCUUCUGUUGCAUUUUAAGAGACUAAAUCCUCUUCUUCAAUCUUCUGCAAGUUCCAAAUUUGAGCAUCGUUUCUCCGCACAAGGUUUAGCAAGAACAAACUAGUCGUAAAUUAUACUUACAGGAUUUGAAGAUGCAAGGCUUCCUUCAAGCAAUCCGAAAAUGCCAUGAGCAGUACAUCAAGAAGCUCGGUGAUCCUAGUAUAACAACAAUGGAGCUGAUAAAAACAUUUUCAGCACAAGGGCACAACGUAUCCUUCCCACCUGCAACAAAGUCUCGAGAUGGUCUCAAUGAUGCUGUGGUGGAGAAUGGCCACAGCUUACCACAUAAGGGGUUGCAGAAUACAACAGUAGCUGAGGUGUUAAUGACAAAGGGAGAAGAAAAGGUGGGAUCUUGGCUAUGGUGUUACACAAAUGACACUGUCUAUGAUGCUGUGAAACAAAUGGCGCACAGCAAUAUAGGAUCAUUAGUGGUUCUCAAGCCUGGAGAACAACAGCUAAUAGCAGGAAUUCUCACAGAAAGAGACUAUUUGCGGAAGGUGAUCGUACAAGAUAGGUCCUCCAAGUACACAAAAGUAGCGGAGAUAAUGACUAAUCAGUUAAUAACAGUGACAUCAGAUACAAACAUUCUUAGGGCAAUGCAGCUUAUGACAGAGAAUCACAUUCGGCACGCCCCAGUUAUAGAUGGGAGGAUAGUGGGCAUGAUCUCCAUUGUGGAUGUUGUUCGGGCGGUAUUGGAACAGCAACAGGGAGAAGUGAAGCAGUUAAACGAGUUCAUUCAAGGAGAUUACCGUUAGAAUAGUCUAUAAACAAUCAAGAGAUCAAAUUGAAAGUCUCCAGAAGCCCUUCAAACUGACACAUGAUAUAUAUAAUUUUCUUCCAGAAACUAUCAUUCUAUCAAAAGCAAAGAAAUGAUCCUGAGAAUGGAAGAUAGAGAAAGAUGUAUGUCCUGUGACAUCAACCAUGUACUAAAUAAACAUUAAUCCCAGCAAUGCCAAUGAGAAAAGGUUCGCUUGCUUAGUAGUGAUCAAAAUGGUGCGGCAUAAAGCCAUAUUGAUCAGAGACAAAUCCAUUUUAUAUGAAUGACAGCCUU